CCUUGUUAUUUAAUACUUGCAUCGUAGAUAAUAUUUGCAGCCAGGUCGGGAAUGGUCAAAGAGUUCGACUCGAAGAUCGAGUUUAACAGCGGAAAGUCAAAAGGGAGACCCGAGUUGUCCCUAAGGAAUAUUUAUUGGAGGAAAAGUCACUUCGAAUUCGCAUGCAGAGCCAAGGACCCGCAAGGUGAAAUCCAUCUACAAUGGCAAAGAAAUCAUUGAACGUGACGCAAACUCUUGACUCGAAGUCUAACGCCGAGAACGAAGGCUGUGGCAUUAGAUGGAGGAAUCUCGUCGCAUUUUGGAUUUUGGGCCUGUGCAAUAAUUAUGGAUACGUGGUGAUGUUAAGCGCCGCUCACGACAUCCUGAAGGAUAAGUUUGAAACGACGGAACAGCACCCAGAAGAUGAAAUUACAAAUUCGACGUCCAGCCGUUCGUGUAACACCCUCUCCACCGGUGCCAUACUUUUGGCAGAUAUUUUGCCAUCUCUAGGUAUCAAACUAGUAGGGCCAUUUUUGCCGGUUUUUAUACAUGUCCGACUGGCUAUCUGCGUAUUUUUUUCUACUGCAGGAUUCCUUGCCGUGUCGUUGAGUAAUGCGGAAUGGCUCGCUAUAUUAGGUGUGGCCAUAACAUCACUUUCCUCAGGUUUGGGAGAAGUGACGCUGCUCAGUUACAGUCAUCGGUACAGCAAGCAAGUUAUCUCGACAUGGUCAUCAGGGACCGGAGGUGCAGGAGUUAUAGGAGCUCUGUCCUAUGCCGGGCUCAGAAUGUGGAUCAGUACCGAAAACACGUUGCUUUUAAUGCUCAUCGUGCCAGCGAUUCAAGCGAUAACCUUCUGGUUGAUCUUGGUACACCCUAAGCCAAUAAACAUUUCCAUCGUCAAGGAAGGCACGGAAAGUCAGCAACAAAUAGUCGACGUUCCUGUAAAAAGUUUCCUGGACAAACUGCGUAUAGUUCCUCAGCUACUUAAAUACAUGCUCCCUCUUGGAUUCGUGUACUUCUUCGAAUACUUCAUCAAUCAAGGAUUGAUUGAGCUCAUUCAGUUUGAUGGUAUUUGGCUGACGCAUGAACAACAAUACCGGUGGCUGCAAGUUGAUUAUCAAAUAGGAGUCUUCAUUUCGCGGUCAUCGGUCAAUAUAAUCUCCAUCAAUAAAAUUUGGAUUAUGGCUGUUUUGCAGUUCAUGAACGUUAUUGUUCUACUCUUCGAAGCUCUGUAUUACUACAUGCCAAAUAUAUGGAUCAUUAUCGCCUUCGUUCUUUGGGAAGGACUUCUUGGAGGAGGAGCGUAUGUAAAUACAUUUUACAGAAUGUCAAAGGAGGUUCCACCCGAUGAUCGGGAAUUUUCAUUAGGAAUCACCGCAUUAGCGGAUUCCAUAGGCAUAACUUUGGCUGGAUGGAUGUCUAUGCCCGUCCAUAAUGCUAUUUGUAAAUUACCAAGACCUGAACGAUUGAUCAUAUAAUAUAAAAUAAGAUAAUUAUAAUAGGUUCGGC